AUGGCUGCUGAAAUUAAUAUGGUAAUUUUGGCAUGGGACUUAUAUGACCUAGUUGAAAAAGCAAUCGAGCACUCUACCACCGAAGUUAGAUCAACACAUGAAGCUGCAACAACUUCCAAUAAUGGUGGAAUCACAACUCAAUCAAACAAAAACAAAACGGGUAAAAAAAGAGCUAAUCAAUUACAAUCUGAUGCUGAUUUUACCAAAAGAUUUUCAAACGAAACUUCAUCUGUUAGUAACAAAAGAGAAAGUAGAAGAGUCAAUAAUUAA